AUGUUCGACUCCCCAUCAACGAUCCUCAAGCGUUCCACGUUGGUGUUUCUCGUAUUGCAGGAACGCCUCGGGGUUAGCCGCCACGAUCUGUGGGCCCUGGCCCGCAAUCGCUGCCUAAAUGUUGGCGAGACGACCGCCGCUCUGAUCGGCCAGUGCUUGGACUGGGUAGUGGCGAUGUCCAUUUGGCCCAUUUAUGCCCUACCAUCUUCUGUUCCAGGAUUUGACAACAUGCGAACAGCUUGGCUAACCCAAGUUCGUGCGGGUGUCCCCCUGGUCGAGACUGCUCUGAGCCUUACCCGCUCCGCUCGUGUCGAAGGGCACGAAGGCGUUGCUCUUGUUCAGGGUCAUUUCUACUGCCCUACUUAUCAGCAUAGCAGGGGCAAGGGCAAGAGUAAGGGGCAUCCUGUCCGUUCAGCACCCGAUACUAGAUCAGCCUCUCCUCGUCUCCCUAUCGUUCUGGUCCCCGUUGUUUCAAUUGUGGAGGGAAAGGGCAGUGCCCUUAGGGCACCUAUCCCGCGAUUGUCCAUCACCUCGGAAGGCUUAGCGACUUACAACGACAAAUAUCUGAUGACCAGUUGCAAUCAUGGGUCCGACGUUGGGGAUGUUGGGGAUGUUGGGAUCUGGAAAACGUACCCACAUCCCCAGGCGAGCCAAGAUGUAUCUAUCGGCCGUUCAAUGACGAGCAGUGUCUUGGUGACCCAAUAUACGGAAGGCACUCAAACAGUUCGGUUGCUAGUCUUGCCAAUCGAUAAGGGGCAGGGAAGCGAGCUGGAACAUAGAGAGGAUAUGGAGCCUGGAGAGGUGUUUCAGGUGGGCGACAAAGUUGCUUUUAAAAGAGACUCUUCGGCCACAGUACAUAGCUCUAAGAUCCAGAAGCGCAAGCUCCAUGGGGUGUAUCUAGUGAUCAAGGUGUUGGUCCCAACCAGUUACCGGUUACUAGUCACCGUUACCUGGUUACCUGAGGUAACCAGGCACAAGGCACAGGCAAAAGGUAACCUGUGGUAA